ACUUGAGUGAAACGUUGCGUAUGUAGCACAUGUGAGAAAUUGCUAUAAAUUGAGCAACAUAUUGAACGAACGAAAUCAAAAGUGAUUACAAUUUAAAACGGUGCAUUUCAAUUAACACAAAAACCCAUUAAUAACAAGGAUGAAGCUUAUUCUAGUGAUUUUUGCUGUGACUUCGGUGGUGACGUUUGCAAAUGGAUUGCCGAGCAGUGAAGCGGAAUUUGACUUUGAUGUAUCCGAUAUCGAUUUGCUCACAAUUGACUAUAUGCUUGACAACGGACUUCCCAUCACCGACGACCAAAUCCAAUGCAUUAGAGAUGGCGUUCAAACGGUUAUAGAUGACAACCCGGAAUUGCAGUGGUGGUUUGAUGAGGUUGAAAAAUCAAUGACAAAAUUACAGGAAAACGCCAUAAAAUGCGCCUCACUUACUGGAAUCAAUCAAAAACGCUGUUAUUUGAAACUUAAACUCACUGCACAGUUGGAGCUUAGUCGCUUGGUCAAGUUAUUACCAGCCGAACAGAAAGCAAUAUUGUUGUUAAUAAAGGGCAUCGUCAAGGGAUGCUUAGAAUAACUAUGGAAUGGUGCAACACGGUGUUCAUUGUUUUAAUCCACAAAUAAACAUUUUAUCACUCAAAACUAUGGAAAAAUCCAAUUAAACUUUAUGUCCAAUUUCUGUAAUGACACUAAAGAUUAACCAAGCAUUUGAAUAAAAAAAUGAGCAAAAAAAAAGACAAACCCGAA